AUGACGCCAUUGUUUCGCCCGAGCAGUGCCUGUGAAGAAGAGAUGAAACUACCUGCAGAACGAUCCCUUGAUCUCAUGCAACUCGGCUUUUCGUUCGACGAAGUUAGGCAGAUAGCAGAUCUUUUCGAUCAGUAUAAGGAGAUCGUCAAGCCGCAUAACCCGGGACUUACUCUGAAUCAGGUUCUCACCCAAUUUGCCAACCUUAUUUCAAUUUCGGUUCCUGAGAAUCUGAAACUGCUCUCCUAUUCAUUUAACUUACUCGAAAUGGGCUACUCCAGGCAAGAAGUCGCUCGAUUGAUAGCAAAAGAGAGAAGAAGACCUAUACUUGAACCGGUGGUAUGUUAG